GUAUGCCAGUAGUCACGUGAUAAGGUGACGUCUCGAAUGAUUUGCGUCACGUGACUGCGGUGUCAUCUCGACUCGGGCGUUGUUCUGUGUACCGGGGUGAGCAUGGAGGGGCAGCUGGUGUCCGCUGAUGGGAAGAACUCGCGGGCGGUGCUGUGCCAGUGCUGCGGCUGCCGGGUUUUGUCGGCCGGGAUGGCCACACUGACGAAGCGAGAGCUCCUUUUGCCUUCAAUGAAGAAGAAAUCCUCCUUGGCUGAGGGUUCGCAUCCAGAUUGUGAGCUGCUUGUUGAUCACUGGCUGCGUGAGUGUAUAUCCAUCCAUGUUGGUCAGGCAGGAGUUCAAAUUGGAAAUGCCUGCUGGGAACUAUACUGCCUUGAGCAUGGCAUCCAGCCUGAUGGACAGAUGCCAAGUGACAAGACUAUUGGUGGUGGUGAUGACUCUUUCAACACUUUCUUCAGUGAGACUGGAGCUGGAAAACAUGUCCCUAGAGCGGUGUUUGUGGAUCUGGAAUCUGCUGUCAUAGAUGAGGUUCGAAAUGGAAUAUAUCGUCAACUCUUCCAUCCUGAGCAACUAAUAACUGGCAAGGAGGAUGCUGCUAACAACUACGCUCGUGGACACUACACAGUGGGGAAGGAAAUCAUAGACUUGGUAUUAGAAAGAGUGAGAAAGCUGGCUGAUCAAUGCACAGGUCUACAGGGCUUUCUCAUCUUUCAUAGCUUUGGUGGUGGUACUGGCUCUGGAUUCACUUCAUUACUAAUGGAAAGACUCUCUGUAGACUAUGGGAAAAAGUCCAAACUGGAGUUUGCCAUUUACCCAGCGCCACAGGUUUCAACAGCUGUUGUUGAGCCCUACAACUCUAUUCUGACUACACAUACAACACUGGAGCACUCAGAUUGUGCCUUUAUGGUGGAUAACGAAGCAAUUUAUGACAUAUGUAGAAGAAACCUAGAUAUUGAGCGUCCAUCUUACACCAACCUGAAUCGUUUGAUUGGUCAGAUAGUGUCUUCGAUCACAGCCUCUUUGCGCUUUGAUGGAGCCCUCAAUGUGGAUUUGACAGAAUUCCAAACUAACUUGGUGCCAUAUCCACGUAUACACUUCCCUUUGGUCACCUACUCCCCUAUUAUUUCUGCUGAGAAGGCCUACCACGAGCAAUUGUCUGUUUCAGAAAUAACCAAUGCUUGCUUUGAACCAUCAAAUCAGAUGGUGAAAUGUGACCCAAGGCAUGGUAAAUACAUGGCAUGUUGUAUGCUGUAUCGUGGAAAUGUGGUACCCAAAGAUGUGAAUGCUGCAAUUGCCGCUAUUAAGACAAAGCGUACCAUACAGUUUGUGGAUUGGUGCCCAACAGGUUUUAAGGUUGGUAUUAAUUAUCAGCCACCCACUGUUGUCCCUGGUGGUGAUCUGGCCAAAGUACAAAGAGCAGUGUGCAUGCUCAGUAACACAACUGCCAUAGCUGAAGCUUGGGCACGUUUGGAUCACAAGUUUGACUUGAUGUAUGCAAAGCGUGCUUUUGUACAUUGGUAUGUCGGUGAAGGCAUGGAAGAGGGAGAGUUCUCUGAAGCACGCGAGGAUUUGGCUGCCCUGGAGAAGGAUUAUGAGGAGGUCGGCACAGACUCCGUAGAAGGGGAGGACGAAGGAGAAGAAUAUUAGUGCUGGUCAUAGGAGGAAGUGCCUUUUUUAAAUGGCCAUAUUCACAAAUUCUGUCAUGGCUGCUUGAAAUAAAGCUUUUAUUCUGUUCA